UCCCAAGCUGACAUAAUGAACAACCAAGAGGCUGGUGUUCUACGUUGCUGGAGAUGUAGGAAAUGUAUAGCAAAUUCUGUUUUUCUUGCAAAAUGUAAUGGGAAAAAAACAUCCAAAAUAUCACAACUUUCAGCUGCUGCUCAGAAUUCUUGCAAUGCAUGGCAUGUAAGCUUAGAAGCCAUUCCAGAGUGGGUGAAAUGUGUCAUUGAAAAGGCACAGUGGACAAUUGGAAAACUGCACUGUCCGUUCUGUGAGGCCUGCUUAGGGGGCUUUAACUUUGUUUGCAACAAAGAAUGUUCCUGUGGACAGCUAGUAAAUAGACAUUUCUGCAGAAGUUGGACUGAGCAUCAGCCACAUUUGUCUGUUAAAUUGUCAAAAACAUCAGAAAAACAUUUGCUUCUCAAAAUUCAGUCUGGUUUUAAGAAGGAUAAGUGCCAUGAAGUAGUAACUGCAACUUUAGAAAUCAAAAAUCAAGGACUUUCCUACGCAGCUGGAAGUAGUAAUGAAGCUGGCAGAUUAACAGAAGCACUUUGUCUAGAAGUAAGAGCUCCCAGAUAUGAGAUAGAAAGCAAAAAACUUCUCUUAAAGGCAUUUAAUCAAAAAAGAAAUCUCCCUUCUUCCUGUCCUUUAAAAGAUGCAUGCACUGCAAAACCUUUUCACAGAAGAUCACGUAGCUUGGAUUUAAAUACUGGAGAAAGACUUGUUUUGUCACCUGUGUUAUAUGAAACUUGCAACAUGGGAGCACUUUACUGUGGCCAAAAUGAAAAUCCACCCACUUACAUACAAGGGAGCUUUCAAUUAGGGUCCAAUAGGAAAGAUGGUAGUUCUUUUCAGGAUCUGAAUAGUUCCAGUGCUGACUUACUACAAAACCAAUUUCAAGUUACUUCCAUUACCACAUUACUACACAGAGAAACAGAAAGUGAGUGUGAUUUUGAAGUUACCAGGCAAUCUUCUGGGAGUGUCAUUGCUGAUGGGUCCCCAUUUGUGAUGAAUCUUUCAUUGCCUACAAGGGCUGUAGAAGACAAGUGGUACAUCACACCUAGUGGUCUUGUACAGCCUACCAGUAUUUCCUUCAACCAAAAGCUGAGUAAGAGAGAAAGAGACAAGUCAAAAAGCCUGAGGAGAAAACAGAGAAUGAGAGAGCAAUGUCUACAGAAGCGACCUGAAAAUGAUAACCUGCAUGCAGAUGAUGAGCAUGAACUCAGACGAGAUAAAGAAAGCUAUCUCUGUGCUGUGUGUCUGGAUGUUUAUUUCAAUCCUUACAUGUGCUAUCCAUGCCACCAUAUCUUUUGUGAACCUUGCUUAAGGAUGCUUGCCAAAGACAAUCCAGCCAGCACUCCAUGUCCACUGUGUCGUACUACAAUUGCCACAGUCUUUUUCCAAACAGAUCUGAAUAACUCUACCAGAUCCUUUUUCCCUAUGGAAUAUUUGAAUCUAAAGGAAAAUUUUCAAAAAUCCAAUUCUGCUAAAUGGCCUCUACCAAGCUGCAAGAAAGCAUUCAGAGUUCUUGAAGCAGGUUUUCGGAGACGCUCAAAUACUGUAACAAGGAGGCAUUUCCCACAUGCUGCUCACAGGAUGGACUAUAUGGACUUCGAGGAUGAUAGCCGUGGAUGGCGUUUUGAUAUGGACAUGGUGAUCAUUUACAUUUAUUCAGUCAACUGGAUAAUAGGAUUUAUUGUUUUCUGUUUCCUUUGUUAUUUCUUUUUCCCUCUAUAG